AAUACCUUUGAGGACAUUAGACAAGCUCGUGGGAAAAAUUCCCAGAAAGUCAGAGAAGCCAAGAAGCUCCAUGCAGAAGCAGGUGUCCCUAAAGGUCCUUGUGGUUUGGAGGAAAUACAAAAAUUCCAAGAGAUCCUGGGUCCUCAAGGAUUUAGAAUUAUCGUCGUGGAUGCCUCUAAAGGCGGUGCAAUUUCUAAAGGGGAUACAUAUCUGGAAGCAGACAAAUUGAUUGCUCUAGUGAAAUCAGUGCACGAGGAUUAGAACGGAGACUUGAAAGCGCACUACGAUGGUCUGUAUUCGAUCCCAGGAUUUAUGAACCGCAGCUACUUUUGCCAUCGUUGUUGUAAGGGGUACAACACAGAAGACAGUGCCCACCAUAACUGUCAAGCUCAGAACUGCCCUGCCCGCAAAAGAAGUAAAUCCAAGGAUGAGGAUGGGCGCCAAGAUUUUAAAUUAUGGGCGAAACCAGAUCGAAGUUGUAUCAUGUGCAGACGUGAAUUUUGUGGCGAAGACUGCUUGGUCAACCAUCUCAUGAAACAACAGAUAGAAGAUCCAUCCUUAAAAAGAGCGAAAAAGAAAUGGGAAGAAGAGUAUGGUGGGGACCUUCCCCCAAUAGCUGAAAUGAAAAGUGUUUGCGACCAGUUUCGUAAAUGUAAGGAUUGCCUGGUGUCCUAUAAAGUAAACGAAGAAUUGGAACACAAGUGCCUUCAUGCGAUGUGUAAACAUUGUCUUGAGUAUGUAAACAUUUAUGAACAUCGAUGCUUUAUCACCUCGGAGGCGGAAAAGUGUUUUAAAUGGAACUUAGGGCAAUUAAGACAAGAGAAAAAGACCAAGGAAAAGCUUGCUGCCAUGGUUGUUGGAGGAGAUAGGCUGAAGGAUGAUUGUUUGCAAGUCAUUAUUGAGGACAUGGUUCUGCGACGUAAAAAGAAAGUUCAAGAACUGAAAGAUAUUAACAAGGGAAUCCCCAUGGAAGAAAUCAAGAGAGGUAGAAACGAAGAGGCAUUGAAUGAUUUACGUGAAAGGGUGAUGCUGCAAUUGGUACAAGAAGGAAUAGAACUAGAUGAGAUAACACUGGACAUGGUG